GUCUUGGUUCUCAGAUAAAGACAACCUGUGUCUAUUCUAGGAAAUUCCAUUAAAUUCCAUACAGCACCUUUUAUAAGUCGUGAUGAAGCAGAUUAAAUUAACAAGAAAACCAAUCUGAUAUUAGAUCCAUCAUCAACUAUAAACAAAAAAUGGAUACGGCUUAAUUCAGUACAUUUGACUGGACCACCGUGUGGGUCUGCAAUGGUUAUUACGAUUUUUUUUGUUUGCCAGUUUAUCCAUUAAGUGGAUAAAUAUUUUGUCAAACCCUUUGUUGAAGUUCUUCAGCUGAAAUGGCUUUAACAUUUAGAGAGACUCGUGUCCAGGUGGAUAAGAGUGUGCAAAAGUAAGGUGAUACUCAGCACGUAUUUGCGUUUACCAUUUCAUUGUCAAAGAAAGUCAAGUGCAGGUGUUGAGGUUAUUCCUAAUGGUAUCACUCACUCAUAUCAUUGGUAGGUAUUAUAACUUUAGAGGGUCAGUAUAUUACCGGAAAUGGUGUUCCAUGUAGGUCAACCCACAUGCAAGGUUAAAUAACUUUUCAUGACUUAACAUUCAGGCUAAAGUAUGAAAAAAAGCGAUUUAACGGGCUCAAUACUUUAUACCUUCCCCUCACUCUCCUCUACACAUAUGCACACACACACACAAAGCUACAGUUUACAUAAGACGCUAGAAGGGUAUAUAACUCUAUUUCUUAUUUCAAAGUGUUUGGAAUAUUGUGUAUUACUUCAGGAAAUUCUUAUUCCUUUUUAUUUAAUAAAUCUAUCCACUCUAGCGGAAAUAGGACUUUAAAUAUUCUAGUCCUUUUGCAGGAGUGGAUUGAUUUUUCUUUAUCAUCCUGAAAA